AUGAGGAAGGAAGAGGAGGAUAGAGCUGAACGAGCGAGACUUGAAGAAAUUGCUCGUUUGAAAGCAGAGGAGGAGAGAGUCGAGAGAGCAAGGCAAACAGAGAUUGCUCGCCUCAAGGAAGAAGAAAGAUUCAGAGCAGAGGAAGCAGCCAAUCAAGGCUUGGGGCACUUCUCUAGCUCUGAAGAAGAAGAAAACCAGGAACAUUUUGAUGAUGUUGCUGGGUCCAAUACAUCAAGUGACGAGAGUGAAGACACAGAAGAAGAAGGAGAAGAGGGAGGAGGUGUAACAGCUGCUAUGCCUAAGGGUAAGCCAGAGCAGCCUAGGGUAAAUAAGCACAUCCGUUUCGACAGCCCAACUCCCAGUGCAACUGAAUCAUCUGACGCCGGUGGUCGAGACACGAAAGUCAUUGAAACAGAGGUGCACACCUCGAACCUAACCCAACCAAAUCAACCAGAGGUGGCAUCUGCUUCUGGUUAUCACAGUCAAAGGGACGCCACACCACAGGGAAGACCCUCUCAAAAGGAGCCGUCCCCUUCUGCACUUGCUUUGGAUGAGAUACGAGCAUCCUUGGCAGUAUUGAGAGCUGAGUCUUCGAAAAAUGCUUCUCGUCUCGAUACUUUGACGAAAUUGACGGCACAAAAUGCAGAGGCCUUGCGAGAGGUCAUAGCUUCCAUGCAGAGGGGUGAGGCGUCCACUUCUUAUGACGCCCAAGCGAUCAUCCCUAUGAAUGUACCUAUGGACUAUGUCACUCAGAGCGCAAUGAAUGCUCUGGGUGACAGACUUCUACAGAAGGUGGCGAACUUCACAUCCGAUUUCAAUAACAAAGCCACGAAAGCAGCGGCAGCCAUCACGUUUGCUCUGGCCAAAUUCGAGUAUCGAUCGGAAUUCGAGAUGCGACGGGUUGGCGAUGCAGUCGAAGAUCUCCUCAAAGUCUUUGAGGAGAAAAUCAAGUCUAUGCCUCAAGCAGAGGAGUCGAGGCCAAAAAGACGAAUGGAUUCUUCUCCAUACCAGUCUGGUCCUCAAAAUCGUGAAGAAGGGGAGAAAUAUCCAACAGCCAUUCCAAGUGUUACACCUACGGCUUCCCCCUCUGCACCCACGUCCUCUGCCCCUCGCCAAGCAGCACAAGAUUCUUCAAGGCAGAGGGCACAGAGUCAACCAGCGCCAGAACAAGCAGAGGUGCUCAGAAAGGGAAAGAUGCCCAUGGCAUCCCAGGUAGAGGCAGCUGGGCCACAAAAGAAUACAGAAUUGAUAGAUCUUCUAAAUAUUUACUCGUCAUCUGAUUCAAACCUGGCUUUGUCUGCAUCAAUGGAAUACGCCAUGGACGCAGGUGCUCCAAUAAGAGGAGAAGAAGAAGAGGUGGUAGCAGUGAAUGUGGUUGAUCCAUCACUUUUGCGCAUUCCUCUUGCUGUCCCUCUAGAAGGCAUCACGAUUGCUGCUCCUCUACCAUAA